AUCCUGGUUACGUUUCUUGCUCUGGAUUACCUAGCUGGUAAUGGCAAAGUUGGGUUCGAAGCCAGUCUUCUGACUCGCCUUGCGCUCUCUUCCCGUCAAGGCUCUCGCGGAGGUUUCUUUGCCUGGCAGGUGGGGAAAGCAAGGCUGAAGUAUAAGAUCUCACCCCCAGCAAUCACUGGGUCGCCAGCAUUUGAGAGGAUAUUUCGUGCACAACAAAACUGUGUAGAGUUUUACCCCAUCUUCCUGAUCACCUUCUGGAUGGCUGGAUGGUUCUUCAACCAAGUCUUAGCUGCCAUUUUGGGCCUAGCCUACAUGUAUGCUCGUCACCACUUCUUCUUUGGAUAUUCAGAGUCAGCUAAGCAAAGGCUAUUUGGCUUCCGGAUGAGUCUGGGAGUUUUGGCUUUGCUGAUCAUCCAGGCUGUUGUGGGAAUUGGCUAUGAACUUUGGGAUGAGUACAUGGACUUAAAAUUUUUCAAGAAAUUAGUAUUCUAGAAAAUUUUCUCCUUUUUAAGAAUUUCAAGUUGUUGUUUUUUUACACCGUGAAAGAUCAAUCCAACAUGUGAAAUCAAAAUUCCCAUGUUUGAACUGAACCAAAGAAUGAUAAGGCUGAGAAAUUAUGAUUCAAUUCCGUCAUUUUACAGCUGGAGGAAAUGGAGACCCUGAGAGUUUGUCUGUAUUUUUCUAUUCUUGAGAUGACUUUGGGAAAUGCUCCAUUUCCGGAACUUAUUACUUACUUAUUUUCUCUGAAAUAUUAUUUGUUCUUGUAUAAUGGAGUUAAAAAUGUU